AUGGACGACAUGUCGUGCGAUGGGGUGGUCGUCGAAGGAAGAGAGAACAUGAACGAGAGGCGAGACGAGGAAGUGAGGGUGGAAGGCGAGGAGAGAGCGGAGGAAGGCGGGGUCGGAGGAGAUGGCCUGAGAGAACCGACAGAGGGCGUAGGACACGUGGACGGUGGGAGAUUGGGGGUUGGAGAAGCAGAGAAAGCAGAUGGAGCCGCCUUCCGCCUUCCUUGGAGGAGCUCCCGUUUCCACCAUAAUAAGACGACAGGGGCAAAACAAAUUUAA